GGCGCAGGCGCAAUGAUCACACAGGCAGCGUGCGUAGAAGCAAGAUGGCGGAACUCACAGGAUCUGCCAAGAAAUCUAAGAAGGAGAAGAAAAGGAAGUCUUCAGAUGGUGCAGUGGAUAUUGGGGAGGCCCAGACCAGCGAUGACUUUGUUAUCCAGCCUGACUCCAAACCUACAAAACUCAACACAGCAGACUGGCCACUGCUCCUCAAGAACUAUGACAAGUUGAAUGUGAGGACAGGACACUACACUCCCAUCCCCAGUGGAUGUUCUCCACUCAAGAGGCCUAUUGAUGACUAUGUCAGGAGUGGUUUCAUUAACCUGGACAAACCGGCCAACCCCUCCUCCCACGAGGUGGUGGCCUGGAUCAGGCGAAUUCUCCGGGUCGAUAAGACCGGGCAUAGCGGAACCCUCGACCCCAAGGUCACGGGUUGUCUCAUCGUGUGUGUGGAGAGGGCAACCAGGCUGGUCAAGUCUCAGCAGGGGGCAGGGAAGGAGUACGUGUGUGUAGUGAGGCUGCACAGUGCCAUAGAGGGGCAGGACCAGUUGGCACGGACCAUCGAGCACCUGACAGGAGCCCUGUUCCAGCGCCCUCCCCUGAUCUCUGCCGUGAAGAGACAGCUCAGAAUCAGAACCAUCUACGAGAGUAAACUCAUCCAGUAUGAUCCGGAGUCCAGACUUGGUGUAUUCUGGGUGAGCUGUGAGGCUGGGACGUACAUCCGUACAUUGUGUGUGCACGUGGGACUGCUACUGGGGGUGGGGGGGCAGAUGCAGGAGCUACGCAGGGUCCGAUCUGGUAUCAUGUCUGAAAAGGAGGGUCUGGUGACCAUGCAUGACGUGCUGGACGCCCAGUGGAUGCACGACAACCAGAAGGACGAGUCUUACCUCCGCAGGGUCAUCCGUCCGCUAGAGGCUCUCCUCACAUCGCACAAGAGGAUCGUGCUCAAGGACAGCGCUGUUAACGCGGUGUGUUACGGAGCCAAGAUCAUGCUGCCAGGAGUCCUGAGGUUCGAGGACGGCAUCGAACAGAAUGAAGAGAUUGUCGUCAUGACAACAAAAGGAGAAGCCGUCUGUCUAGGAAUCGCCCUAAUGACGACUGCUACCAUGGCCACCUGUGACCACGGGAUUGUGGCUAAGAUCAAGAGAGUCAUCAUGGAGAGAGACACGUACCCUCGCAAGUGGGGGCUGGGACCAAAGGCAAGUCUGAAGAAGAAGCUUAUUAAGGAAGGUCUGCUGGACAAGUUUGGCAAGUCUAACGAGAAGACGCCGCAAGACUGGAAGACAUCUUAUGUAGACUACAAUGUUGCCAAGGGCAACAACGGUUCAACGGCACCGCAGGCACAGGUCACGCCUGGGAAGUCAACACAGGCAGAUGGAGCAGGGGCAAAGAGGAAGAGACUAGAGAGUAGCAGCAGUGACUCCUCAGAACCAGCGUCCCCGGCUCCCCCCACUCCUGUGGUGCAGCAGCCAGCAGUGACGGAGACUCCCACAUCCAGUAAGAAGGAGAAGAAGAAGAAGAAAAAGAAGCAGAAAGCCGAGGAAACAGACCCUGAGACCCCCAAGUCAGAGAAAAAGAAGAAGAAAAAGAAGGAAAAGAAAAAGAAGAAAGAAGAGGGUUCAGAUGAUUCAGAUUAAGUUAUGGGUCCAUAGUAUUGUGAUACAAACACACUGAAGCCUCCUUACUUUCCUUACCUUGUUUUUGUAGCAGAGCAAAAUACAUGUACAUGUAUUAUUAGAUUUCAUAAACUUUCAUACUGCCAAAUGUCCUCUGGCACUUUGUAAAGAUGUGAUGUAAGUCAAGUGAUGCUAUCAUUUAUUGCCAAAACAUUAACUGAGAAUGAUUGCAACAUAAUGUAUUUGAUGCAACCGAAUUCUGGAUGAAAUACAGUAUAUGGAAUUUGUACUGAACAAAAACAGUUCUACUAAUAGGCCUAUGUACUAAUAUUGUCCUAUCAUAGUUCUCAUUGAAUUUUGGAUACUUUUGAUUUUCUAGUAUACGUAUACCGGACCAAUUAUACAAGUCAUGUAUGUAAUUUCACACUCUGGUGGUAAUUCAAUUGCAUUAGAACAAAUGACUUUGUUAGUACUUGAAAUGUAUAUCAAGUUUUGAGUUGGGAAGGCCUUAAAUGAGCUGAGAAGGCAUUAACUUUUAGUAUUUUCUUUUUUGCCUAAGGUACAAUCAAGGAUUGUAGUUUGAUGGGGAUGAAAAUUAGAAAGAAUUCUGCUCCAAAAACGCAUGAGAAUUAAUUUUGUGACUGAUUGGCCUUCCCCAUAUAAAACAAAUCAUGUGAGAGAAUGCAAAUGACAAGUAUGUAUAGCUUUGUUAAGGAAGGAUACCUCAGACUUGAUGUAAGCUAGGUCGUGGUUUCUUUGUGAUACUGGAAUGAUCUACAAUGCAUAAUCUUUGUACAGUUUUGUCUCUUCCUUUUAUCACAACAUUUUAUAUAAAAAUGUUUAGUUGAUGUAUUUGACAAAAAAGAGGCAGUGCUUGUUAAGAUCAGAUUGCAGGUAAUCCAGUGCAAAGAAAAAGAAGUAUUGUACAGAGUAAUGAAGUAAGUACAUGUUGUUAUCUUUAGUAUAAGUCACUUUUCUUGUCCUGGUUUUCUAAGCUAACUAUAACAGGCUGCUGUUAUCAGUAAUCUUUGUUCAUUUUUUCUUCAAUUAAAAGUUAUAUAAGAUAGCCAUCUUUUUCUUUUCCAACAUGACUGGAC